AUGGUUUUCUCAAGGCUAGGUUUUAAAUCUAGUUCAAAUAAUAAUAAUAAUAAUAAUAAUAGCAAUGUAAACAAUAAUAUGGCGAAUGGCGAUUCAAAAAGUUUAAAUAAACACAAAGAAGUUGGUAGCCAUAAUCAUAAGUCAGAUGUUUCAAGUCAUAGAACAAAAUCAACUAAUUUGUUUGACUCAACAAUUCAUACUACAAAAACUGAUGUUCACCCGGUAGAUUUAAUUAUAGACAUUGAGUCACCACCAUGUACUAUGUAUGGUACUACUGCAGAUUCAUCAGGGGCUUUGUUCAGUGGUUUAUUGACAGUUAGAAUAAAAGAUCCACUAAUAGAUGGUUUUAUAUCACCAUCUCAUCAACAAAAUAUACAAACAGAACACGAUAAACUUAAAAGUGUGCGUAGUCAUAAUUCAGUUUUUACUACUGCCAAAAAUAAUAACAACAAUAAUAAUACUAAUAGUAAUUUGUCACUUUCAUCUACUUUAAGCAAUAAUAAAAUGUUAAAAUCUAUAAAAUCAAAUAAUCGUAAAUCAAUGACUGCCACCAUCUCCAAUAUAAAUAUUACUCCAAUGUUAUCUUCUUCAAAAAGUAAUGCAACAAAUAUUCACGCCACCAACAAUGCUAGUCGGAAAAAGGACAAGAAGGAAAUAUACGAUUGGGCAAAACAUCGUUUCCAAUCUUUAACUCUAACAUCAGUUACUUUAACAUUAGUUCAAAGAAUAAACUAUGACAAACCAUUUUUACCAAAUUCCUCAUCUAUCCAACAUUGUAUAAAUUGUAAAUCAAGAACUGUGGAAUUAAAAAGAUGGGAUAUUUUAACCAAAAAUACUAAUUUAUGUAUCGGUGACCAUGUGUAUCCUUUUACUCACUUCUUUUCAGGCUCGUUGCCUGCUACUGCCCAAUUCGGUUCCGUUUCAAAUACAGAAAUAAGGUAUGAAUUGAUUGCUACGUUAACCUAUAAAUAUCCAACAGCAUUUAAUUCUGGUAAUACUAAUAUCGCAAAUGGCUCAUCCAUCAGUAAUAAAAAAACCAUCAAAUUAUCAUUGCCAAUACAAAUUACACAUAGUAUAAUUAGAGGCCCUGAUAAGAAUUCAUUGCGUGUUUUUCCACCUACUGAUGUAACUGCAACUGCAGUUUUACCUACUGCUGUAUACCCAAAAUUUACUUUCCCCUUGGAACUAAAGUUAGAAGGUGUCUCCGUUGAUGGAAGAAGAUGGAGAAUGCGAAAGUUGUCCUGGAGAAUUGAAGAAAAUUGUCGUAUUAGAGCACAUGCUUGUAAGGACCAUAAACUAAGAUUAAAACAACUAGAAAAGGAGGUUAAAGAACAAAAUAAAGAAAAAUUGAAAAAGAAUCAAAAUAAAAUCAAGCCUAUCAAAAGAACUCAAAAUUCAGCUACCCAAGUUAACGUGACUGUUAUGGACGACACUGAUGAUGAUAUUAAUGAAUUGAGAAAUAUACCAAGUGAAUCGGCAAUUAUUCAGCAGCAGCAGCAGCAGCAGCAGCAGCAGCAGCAACAACAACCACAACAACAACAACAACCACCACCACCACCACCACAACAACAACAACAACCCCUUAUUAACAAUACUACUAUGACACCUAAUACUCUUAAUAAUAGUAAUACUGUAGAUGCUGACACUAUAACCCCAAAUAUCGGUGCAACUCUCAAUAAUCAUAAUACAACCAUUUCCACUUCACAAAGAAGCGACUACAAUAACGAUAUGCUGGAAACACAAGAUCUAAGGAGAAAUAAUACCAGCACAAACGAUGAUGAGAAUCACGUGGACAACACUCGUACAAAUGAUUUCUUACAAAGCGUUGUCCAUCCAAACGAUGAUGUACUGCGUCAAGAAAUCUUAAGGCAGCAACAACAAAUUAGACAACAACAAAUACAAACCGAACGUAAAAGGGAAACCAAUCUAUAUACCGAAGAAAUCAGGACUAUUGCCAAAGGUGAAAUAAAAAACGGUUGGAAGAGUGAUUUUUCAGGUAGAGGGAAAAUUGAGUUGGUAACUGACAUUAAUUGUAUGGCAUUAACAUCCGGUAUUUCUAACCAAAUUAAUCACGCAUCGAGUUUAAAACCAUUAAGAAGUAAUAAUGAACUUCAUGGACCUAACAGUUUAUUUGCUGCAAAUGCUCCUAUUUGUGGUGGUUCAUCUAUUAAUAUUGCUUGUGAUAUAGAAGACCCUUCUUUAGGUGUUUAUGUUUCGCACGUAUUGAUAGUCGAAAUAGUUGUUGCUGAAGAAGCGUUGCAAUAUUCUAACAGACAAUCAUUACACCCUUCUACUUCGACUUCUUCUGCUACGUCCAACGCUAAUAUCAGCGUUUCUAACAACUCACGAAGUAGACGUGCUUCCUCCACUUCAAGAAGUAACAGUAAUAAUAGUAUAGGCAUGACUCCAACCGCGAGUCGUAGCAGCAUUAACAGUAAUAGCAGCGCAACUAAUACUAAUGAGCGUCUACCUACCAAUGGAAAUUUGAAUAUAACUAGGGAGGCCGACCAAAGGUUAAUUGAAUUUUCUCCGAUGUUUGCUUCCCAUAUAUCUUCUGCAAGACAGACAACUCCAGUAUAUGAUCAUACUCAUCAGGGCAAACAUCUUGUUAGUGUCCCAACUGGUGCUGCUCGUGUAUUACGUAUGCAAUUCAGAUUAGUUUUCACCGAAAGAGGCGGCAUCGGCAUCCCUUGGGAUGAUGAAGUCCCUCCAACCUAUCAAGAUAUUAAAUACUUAUCUCCGCCAUCGUAUGCAAGCAGCAUUGACGAUGAUUCAAUUUCUGCUCAAAAUGUCACCGAUAAUAAUAUCGCCGCUAGUAAUACUGAUGUUAGCUCAAACAGUAAAAUUGUUGACGAAGCAACAACUGGCAGCAGCGCCAGUUUUGUAUAUGACGAUGAUAAUAAUAAUAAUAAUAAUAAUAAUAAUAAUAAUAAUAAUAAUGAUAAUGAUUAUCCUUAUCGUUACAAUAAUAUGCAUACCGUUCAUGAAGACGAUGAUAUUAUUAGAGUAGAAAAUAGCGAUAUGGUAAACAUGCCACCUCCAUUGGCUCAUAUUACUUCCUCAACAAGACUAAAUAAUAUAGUAAGUAUUGAAGGGAAUGCCGUUGGGUCUGGAAAUAUGUUAUCUCCACACACUACUGCUCUUGGCAAUAUACAGGGAAUAACCAAUCUUAAUAUUUUGAAUACCGAUAGAAUAACACAAUAA